GACCGGACCGGACCGGAUCGGACCGGCCAUGGCGGGUCGCCCGAGCCCCUAGAGGAGUCGCCAAGACCGCCCCGUCCCUCCAGGUGCCCCCCAGCCCAUGGAGAAGGUGGGGAAGAUGUGGAGCCACUUCGUGUACCGAUGCCAGGCCCUCUUCAGCCCCGAGGCCGGGCGGCCCGACGACGGGGCGGACGCCGUCCGGGAGCGGGGUGACGGGCCGGGCCCCCGGCGGAGGAGGAGGCGGCGGCGGCGGCAGCGGCGGCGGAGGUGGGCGCGGCGGCAGGACGACGACCGGGAGGAGCAGGAGGGCAGCCCGUCGGGGGGAGAGCGGGGCGCGGGGCGGAAGGACCGGGCCGGCCCGGCCCGGGACCCCGCCAAGCGGCCGGGGCGCCCGCGGGGCGCGGGGCGGCGGCGGCGGGGGGGCCGGCGGGCCGGGCGCUCCCUGCCCCAGCGGCUGCGGGACGCGGUGGGGCUCUGCUUCCCGCCGCGGGGGCCGCCCCCCGGCCCGCCCGGGCCCCCCUCGGCCUGCAAGCGGAAGAUCCACCUGUCGGAGCUCAUGCUGGACGCCUGCCCCUUCCCGGCGGGCUCGGAGCUGGCCCGCAAGUGGCACCUCAUCAAGCGGCACACGGCGCCCGCGGGGCCCGAGGAGGAGGACGAGGAGGACCGCCUGCGGGAGCGGCGGCGGCUGAGCAUCGAGGCGGGCGUGGACCCGCCGCCCCACGCCCAGAUCCACAGCCGGGAGGCCCGCGGGGGCCCCGCCGGGGGCGCGGGGGCCCCGGCCCGCCCGCCCGAGCCGGGCCCGGCCCCGGGGGGCUGGAGGGUGCACACGCAGAUCGACUACAUCCACUGCCUGGUCCCCGACCUGCUGCAGAUCACGGGCAGCCCCUGCUACUGGGGGGUGAUGGACCGCUACCAGGCCGAGGCCCUGCUGGAGGGCAAGCCCGAGGGCACCUUCCUGCUGCGCGACUCGGCCCAGGAGGACUACCUCUUCUCCGUCAGCUUCCGCCGCUACAACCGCUCGCUCCACGCCCGCAUCGAGCAGUGGAACCACAACUUCAGCUUCGACGCCCACGACCCGGGCGUCUUCCACGCGGGCACGGUGACGGGGCUGCUGGAGCACUACAGGGACCCCGGCUCCUGCAUGUUCUUCGAGCCGCUGCUCACCUCCUGCCUCAACCGGACCUUCCCCUUCCGCCUGCAGCACAUCUGCCGGGCCGUCAUCUGCCGCCUCACCACCUACGACGGCAUCGACGGGCUGCCCCUGCCCGCCGCGCUGCGGGACUUCCUCAAGGAGUACCACUACAAGCAGAAGGUCCGCGUGCGCUGGCUGGAGCGCGAACCCGGCCAGGCCGACUAGGCCCCCGGAAAGGUCCGUGAGCCCGCCGUCGGGCAGGGACCGGCUCUCGAUGCUGCCAGCCUGGACUUCCCCAGCGCUUAGCACGGUGCCCUGCCCACGGGAAGCGCUCAAUAAAUACGAUUGAACGAAUCCCAAGGAGAGCAUCCCCCGUCCCGUCUCCCCGAGCCAGACCCACCCUUCGACCCCCACCCAAGCCGGUUUGAGAAGAAUCGCCCCCCGCGCGGUAGCCUCUCCUCGCUC